ACAUCUGUAGUUUCUUUUGAAUAUGGGAGUUGGUUCACAUGAUUCAUGUACAAUGUGUAGAGCAGACAGGGAAUUUUAGUUGACAUGAAUAUUAAGGACUUGAUCAACGUGAAUGUAUCUUGCUCUAUAUAGCUGCAACAUUGGAAGAAAAAUCGACAGGACUAUGAUAUUUUGGGGUUCGAGAUAUUUUGAUAUCGGCUCCCAGGCAUCAUCCAACCAACAUAAAUAUGAAAAACCGGUCAUCAAAGCAAGUUGAUUUCAAGGACUAUACAGUUGCUGCAUUCUUUACCAUCGUAACGUGUGUUAGCGUCUUUGCUAACAAACCUGACAAUCCAUGCAUCUCGAACACGACGAACCAUAAUUGCUCGUGUACGACAAGCCCGCCCUUACUUCCAUCACGUCUAUCAUUUCAGUGUAUGAAGUGCUGUCCAGUGAAGAACUUGUCCGAGUUUGGAGUCACCACCCAUUCAGUUUCAGCUAGCUGGUUACCGCCAUCCUGUGGGAUGUACUCUUUUUAUCAUGUGACCUGUUCAAAUGGAUCAGAUGUUAUAACCCAGGAGACCCUUGAUGUUCUGGAGACAAUGUUUAAUUGUACCAAUCUAUUGCCUGGAAUGUGUGUCAAAAUAACAGUCACAACAUUGUGUGGUUGUAGUGAGAGUGAAUCAAGAUCGAUCACCAAUUGUACAGCUCCUCCUACUACUCCUUCUCCUCCUACUACUCCUACUCCUCCUACUACUCCUUCUCCUCCUACUACUCCUUCUCCUCCUACUACUCCUACUCCUCCUACUACUCCUUCUCCUCCUACUACUCCUCCUCCUCCUCAACCCUGCAAGUAUUUUUGUAAGAUGUGUCCAACCAUCCAGUGGAUGCUAGUCUCUUUACUCUGCUCUAACACGUUUGGUUGGAUCUCUGUUGCUCUCAUCUAUUACUUCAACAAACCCACAAAGACAGAUCCUAUGACCCCUAUGACAUACAUCCAGAACACUCCAACGGAUCAUCAAGACAUCACUCUAACCCAGAGGGAAAGUCAACCUUCUUCACGAGGAUCUACGCAAGAUGAGGACACGAAGAUAUCGGAGAACCAACCGGUUACUUCUAUGUCGUACGAUAAUCCGUCGUGCCACAUCUCAUCUGAAGGUCCAACGUUCGACACUGUUCUAAUUUGAUACAAAGACCAAAACAUUGAACUGAGGUCGAUGCCAUGCUAAUACAUAACAAUGCAAUUUCUAGCAGCUUGCAAUGAUACUCAUUUUUUUUUUUGGGGGGGGGGUGCAAUGGUAUGGCUGAAAUUAACAAAUUUCAUUAGUGGGACAUCAAAAAAGGAUUAUACUUCUAAGUAUUUUUCUUUAUUUACUAUCUAAAAGGAUAUCUUUUCGCUUGUCACUGUGCUGCCAUUAUCAUGAUUUAUAAAAGAGAUUCUUUAACUAGAGUAGCUUACAUAACCAUGAUAACAGCGAUAAGUUGAAUUUAUACUUUGACGAAUGUGUAUAUCCAGAUGUAAAGUAGAUUAUCUGUUUCCAGUUACUUGGUUUCUAUGUCGACGAAUAAAUAUGAAUGCUUCCUGACACGCCAUUCCUUUCUGAGAUAUGUUUGGUCCUGAUAUACUCGACGUUUGGUCAAGUAUAAUUGUGUUCUUACCGUCUUCAAUCUAAUAAUGUUAUUAUUGAUGAUAAAAAAUGUGUUGAACACUAUUGCUGAAACUAGAUUGUUGGCAUAAUACAUCAGACAUUAAAAAAAGGCUGAUACAUAAGUGGAAUGCAUAAGAGACACAUGAAUGCAUAUACUAUGAAUGCAUAUUACAUGAUAACAAACGAAGGAUUUUAUAUACAGCUGACUUGUAAUAUAGGAGACUGGCAUGUACUUCGUGCAUAAUUUUGAUAAAAACAAAAGUGAUUGCAUGGGAGUUUUCAACUUUUGUUGAGUAUAAUGUCAACUAAAAGACAACAGUCUUUUUACGAGAAUAAACAAGAAUAAAAUACCUGGUGCCCGUGAAGCUUCCAAACUGA